AUGAACCUACAACUACUUAAACGGCCCCAGCCGUUACCACGAUUUAAAGAUGAAGAAAAUGGUAUCCAUGCACAAUGGGGAAUUAAGGCAUUUUUCUACAGAAAAAAUGGUUUCCCAGUGUGGUCGUUUAAAGGUGAAGCACGAGUGAGGUACUCCACGCUGAUGGUUUCUGGACGAUUCACGAAACGUAGUAAACAUAUUUCUUUGGUCGAUGUUGGCUACGUUGAGGACGAGGGCGAUAUCCUAGACAUUCGCGGAUGCAACUUCCGCCUCCUCUUAUUCGGUGUCGACAAUAUCGUGCAAAUUCGGGAUUGGCUUCGUUUCCUCAUCGUUCGUCAGCGAGUGCCGCACUCAAUUCUGGGGAAGCCAUUCGAAUGGCAGGCACUAUUUUCACCUGUGCUUUACCGCAAAUUAUCUCUUACUCUGUACGCUGAAUCAUCCUUGCUAUUUGGCAUCACAUUCGGUUGUGUAGAUGUACUGUUACUAUUUGCACUUUCGCCAAUUGUGGAAAGUCCCGAUUGCGGGACUAUCGGUUGCUUUGUCAGCGACAAGUUUCUUCACUAUUGGGGAAGCAGUAAUAUGAUCCUUGGCAUUUCCGUUAUCCUAUUUUCACUGAUAAUUGUACUCAAAAUACGUUUUGUCGCAAGCAGCUUAAGAAUCGGAACCUUACCGAGUGUUAAGGAAUCAGACGUAGAUAGAUUUAUGCAGGCAAAUCAAACCUCAAUGGGGAUUUUAAUCACAUCAUUACUUUUCAUCACAAUACCAAGUGCUGGAGUUGGACUCAUUGAAAUGAUUGGUUUUUCCAUUUUCAGAAAGAUUGGACCUUUCUAUUUAACUGGUCUAUUCUGUGCAGCUCUUCCUUAUACAAUCUACUUGUUUAUUUACUGCAUUUCCGAGCCUAUAAAUAUGAAUCCCUACUAUAUUAUGAUAUCUAGCACACCACUUACUAUUCAAUUAAAAAUCAAACUAACACUGACAACGGCUAUAGCGUUACAGAGGACAAUGCACCUGCGAGCGAUCGUUGUUUACAGUAAUAUUGCACAACUUCUAUUUUCUGAUUUGUUGCUCUUUGCCCAACUGUUCGGAGUUUCGAAAGCAAUAAAAAAAGCUUUGGUUGCACCAGUGUUUUAUCGCAAGUUGUCUGCGACUCUGUAUGACACAGGAGCUCUAUUGUUGGGUAUUAUAUUCGCUUGUAUAGAUCUGCUGUUAGAAUUUGCUCUUUCACCAAUCAAGGAAAGCCCUAACUGCGGCACGAUAGGUUGUUUUGUCAGCGACGACUUCCUCUAUUACUGGGGAACCAGCAACAUGUUCUUGGGAUUAUUCGUGAUUGUAUUUACAUUAGUGAUUCUAAUCAAACUACGCUAUCUAGAGACUAAAUCCAGAACAGCUAGUGCAAUCAUCGAAAAACAACCGAGAAAGUUUAAGCAGGCAAAUCGGACAUCUUUGGGUAUCCUUCUAACAUCGCUGUUCUUUAUAACAAUACCAAGUGUAGGAGUAGGAUUUCUUGAAAUGAUUGGCAUUUCAAUCUUUAGAAAAGUCGGACCAUUUUAUACAGUUGGACUUUUGUGCGCAGCGGGCUGCAACGGUAUUGUCUACGUUGCUCUAAACAAAGAUAUGCGAAAAAUGGCCAGGGACUUCUUUCCAAAGCAAGUACCUUCAUCGACGGUUUUUGUGUCUAUUAUGAGCAAACCAUCUGUUUGGCGUACCUCGUCUUAA